GUCAAUACAAAUUAAAUGAAAGCAUAACACAAAUUUACUCAGCUAAAAAUAGAACACAAUGAAGUCCAUGCGAGCGCAGCAUCCUUUCUGCACUGCGCAACUGCAAACAGGGUUGCCAGAUAACACCGCAUUGCGUAUAGGAAAUCUCGAUAUGAAUUUCUUUUGGCAUCUUGGCAACUUUGUAAUCCAACAGGUAGUCACAGCUGGUCAAAAGAAUAGAACCAGGUCUGAGCUCAUUAUUCCUGCCCGCCCGAAGAUGUGCAGCAGCAACGGAGGUAAUCUUGAGAAAAAGACCUUUUUUGACACGCCCAAAGCCACGCCCAACUGCACCCGCUUGCGAGUGUUGUGCAUCUGUGGUUUGGUAAUUUCUAUUUACUCGUUGUACGUAAAAGUUCAGCUGGACUAUGAUGAUAGCUACGCAGCCAUGUGUGAUCUGGCGGAACAAGUUAGUUGCACCGCAGUUUUCAAAUCGGAGUACGGGCGUGGUUUUGGUUUGACGCAGCUAAUCUUUGGUGCUUCCUCAACGUAUUUAAAUCCGCCCAAUGGCUCCAUUGGUGUCGUCUUCUAUGUGUUGCUCUUCAUAUCCUCUUUUUAUGAACGACGAUGGAUUUGCCAACUACAGCUGCUGUCCGCGAUUGUAUCUCUUCUGCUAUGCAUCUAUCUUGGGGGACUCCUGCUCCUGGUGCUCUACGAUUGCUGUGUGGUCUGCGUAUGCAUUUAUGCCGUUCAUAUGUUGCUCCUUAUGGAGGUUUAUGGACGCUACAGGCGAAUCUAUACAACAAAAGCAAAAGCAGCUACCAAAUGAAUAUUUAUAUGUAUAAGUUGUUAAUUGCCAGAGAGUUCAAGAUAAAUAUGAUGCUGCUACUAGCUGAAUUAUGUGGGUCAACAUUGGGUUAAGCUGCCGACACGGACGUGACUCCAAAAGUCUACUGUCAACUGUAUUGUAUCCGUAUCCGCAUAUCUGUAUCUGUAUCUGCAAUUAUAUCUGCAUCCGUAACUGCAUCUGUAUUGGGCUUUGUCUGCAAAUCGCUUACUUUUGACCCUACUUGAGUUGCCAACCCGUCACCCAUCACGUUCCCACAUUUGCGACUAGACGCAGAGGCGGAGCUUCAUCAUCACGUACACGAGCAAUUAAUUUGCCAACUCUGUCUGCGAGAGUGUGCGUGUGGGAGUUGCUGAUGUUGCUACUCAAAAUCAGACU